AUGACAAGCCACGUGGGGGAAGCAGCUAUCGCCAGGCUUCCUGAACUUUUCUCUCAAGCAGCCACGUGGACUCCGCAUAUUGCUACUGGUGGAAUGUAUUUCCCCUCUCAAUCCAACCGCUGGCUCAACGGGACCACCGUUCUAUUUUUUCCAACUUAUGUGAGAGUCGUGCCAUCAGAGUUCUACUACACCAAUGAAACCCUGGGCCGAAGCCAAACCCAACCCAAGGGGAAAGGCAUGGGCUCUACCGUUGGUUUAGUUAGAAGUAAACGGCCGAGGCAGAAAAUACACCACCACGCCUCUUCACUCUCCGCCCUUUCCCUCGUCUUAAUCCUCUUAUUCCUUCUCAGAAUGGAGAACUUCAACAACGACGAUCUCGAGUACGUCGGCGACUACUACGACGACGACGUACCUGACUUCCAAGAUGAUCACAAUUCCGACGACAUUGUUCCUCAGCAACCCUCCUGUGGCGAUUCUCACGACUCCGACUUCGACUUCGACGAUGAUUUCCUAACGAGUAGUGCGAAGACUGAUACCACUGCUUCCGAAGCUAGAAACGGGAAAGAUAUCCAGGGAAUCCCCUGGGAGAGGCUUAAUUACAGCAGGGAUAAGUAUCGCGAGACGAGACUGAAGCAAUAUAAAAAUUACGAGAACCUCUCUCGUUCACGCCUCCACCUUCAUAAGGAGUGCUUGAACGUGCAGAAGGGGAAGACCUUCUUUGACUUCUUCUUCAAUACCAGGCUUGUCAAAUCCACAAUUGUGCAUUUUCAGCUGAGAAAUUUGUUGUGGGCAACUUCGAAGCAUGAUGUAUACCUUAUGCAAAACUACUCAGUAAUGCACUGGUCCGCAGUACUACGAAGGGGUAAAGAAGUGCUUAACGUAGCCAAACCAAUCGUUCCAAGCCUUAAGCGUCCUGGAUUUUUAGCUCAGCCUGUCUCCAGAGUGCAAAUAAGCACCAUGGCUGUUAAGGAAAAUCUGAUGGUGGCAGGUGGUUUCCAUGGUGAACUUAUAUGCAAGAAUUUGAAACAUCCUGGAGUUGUUUAUUGUGGUAAAAUAACUACAGAUGAUAAUGCCAUAACCAAUGCUGUGGAUGUUUACCGCAAUCCAGCUGGGUCGUUGAGGGUCAUCACAGCAAAUAACGAUUCCCAAGUUCGGGUUUUUGAUGCAGAGAAUUUUGCUUCUCUUGGUUGUUUCAACUAUGAUUGGUCUGUAAAUAAUACUUCUGUUAGUCCGGAUGGAAAGUUGUUAGCUGUACUUGGGGACAGUACUGAGUGCUUGAUAGCUGAUGCUAACACUGGAAAGAUUACUGGAAGCUUAAAAGGUCACUUGGACUACUCUUUUGCAUCAGCUUGGCACCCGGAUGGACGGAUAUUGGCCACUGGGAAUCAGGACACAACUUGCCGGUUGUGGGACAUUAGAAACCUUUCACAAUCUAUAGCUGUGUUGAAUGGAAGAAUGGGUGCUAUUAGAGCAUUGAGAUUCACAUCUGAUGGACGGUUUUUGGCCAUGGCUGAGCCCGCAGACUUCGUCCAUAUUUUUGACUCGCAUUCUGGCUAUAUACAAGGUCAGGAGAUAGAUCUAUUUGGCGAGAUUGCUGGUAUAUCCUUUAGCCCAGACACAGAAGCUCUAUUUGUGGGCAUUGCUGACCGAACCUAUGGUAGUUUGUUAGAGUUUGUCAGAAAACGUUAUAAUUAUUACCUAGACUCCAUGUUUUGA